CGGAGGCGGCGGCGGCGGAGGCGGCGGCGGCGGAGGCGGCGGCGGCGGAGGCGGCGGCGGCGUAGCCGUAGAGGAUUUUCUACGUUGGUAUGCCAAAUUUCAUAAUCAGAAAAUAAAGAGAAAGGAAAGGUUGCAAUGUAGGUCCAGAUGAAAAAGGAGAAGAGAGGUGUCUGAAAGCAUGUGGGCAUGGAGAAUGAAAAAUUCCAGGAGAAGUGCACAGAGAACACCCCUAGCAUGAACAGUGUGAGGAUUCCACCAGCUUUUUCACCAUGAAGGAGACAGACCGGGAGGCCGUUGCGACAGCAGUGCAAAGGGUUGCUGGGAUGCUCCAGCGCCCGGACCAGCUGGACAAGGUGGAGCAGUAUCGCAGGAGAGAAGCGCGGAAGAAGGCCUCCGUGGAGGCCAGAUUGAAGGCCGCCAUCCAGUCACAGUUGGACGGGGUGCGCACAGGCCUCAGCCAGCUCCACAACGCCCUGAAUGACGUCAAAGACAUCCAGCAGUCGCUGGCAGACGUCAGCAAGGACUGGAGGCAGAGCAUCAACACCAUCGAGAGCCUCAAGGACGUCAAAGAUGCCGUGGUGCAGCACAGCCAGCUCGCCGCAGCCGUGGAGAACCUCAAGAACAUCUUCUCAGUGCCUGAGAUUGUGAGGGAGACCCAGGACCUAAUUGAACAAGGGGCACUCCUGCAAGCCCACCGGAAGCUGAUGGACCUGGAGUGCUCCCGGGACGGGCUGAUGUACGAGCAGUACCGCAUGGACAGUGGGAACACGCGUGACAUGACCCUCAUCCAUGGCUACUUUGGCAGCACGCAGGGGCUCUCUGAUGAGCUGGCUAAGCAGCUGUGGAUGGUGCUGCAGAGGUCACUGGUCACUGUCCGCCGUGACCCCACCUUGCUGGUCUCAGUUGUCAGGAUCAUUGAAAGGGAAGAGAAAAUUGACAGGCGCAUACUUGACCGGAAAAAGCAAACUGGCUUUGUUCCUCCUGGGAGGCCCAAGAAUUGGAAGGAGAAAAUGUUCACCAUCUUGGAGAGGACUGUGACCACCAGAAUUGAGGGCACACAGGCAGAUACCAGAGAGUCUGACAAGAUGUGGCUUGUCCGCCACCUGGAAAUUAUAAGGAAGUACGUCCUGGAUGACCUCAUUGUCGCAAAAAACCUGAUGGUUCAGUGCUUUCCUCCCCACUAUGAGAUCUUUAAGAACCUCCUGAACAUGUACCACCAAGCCCUGAGCACGCGGAUGCAGGACCUCGCAUCGGAAGACCUGGAAGCCAAUGAGAUCGUGAGCCUCUUGACGUGGGUCUUAAACACCUACACAAGUGCUGAGAUGAUGAGGAACGUGGAGCUGGCCCCGGAAGUGGAUGUCGGCACCCUAGAGCCAUUGCUUUCUCCACACGUGGUCUCUGAGCUGCUUGACACGUACAUGUCCACGCUCACUUCAAACAUCAUCGCCUGGCUGCGGAAAGCGCUGGAGACAGACAAGAAAGACUGGGUCAAAGAGACAGAGCCAGAAGCCGACCAGGACGGGUACUACCAGACCACACUCCCUGCCAUUGUCUUCCAGAUGUUUGAACAGAAUCUUCAAGUUGCUGCUCAGAUAAGUGAAGAUUUGAAAACAAAGGUACUAGUUUUAUGUCUUCAGCAGAUGAAUUCUUUCCUAAGCAGAUAUAAAGAUGAAGCGCAGCUGUAUAAAGAAGAGCACCUGAGGAAUCGGCAGCACCCUCACUGCUACGUUCAGUACAUGAUCGCCAUCAUCAACAACUGCCAGACCUUCAAGGAAUCCAUAGUCAGUUUAAAAAGAAAGUAUUUAAAGAAUGAAGUGGAAGAGGGCGUGUCUCUGAGCCAGCCCAGCAUGGACGGGAUUUUAGAUGCCAUCGCGAAGGAGGGCUGCAGCGGUUUGCUGGAGGAGGUCUUCCUGGACCUGGAGCAACAUCUGAAUGAAUUGAUGACGAAGAAGUGGCUAUUAGGGUCAAACGCUGUAGACAUUAUCUGUGUCACCGUGGAAGACUAUUUCAACGAUUUUGCCAAAAUUAAAAAGCCGUAUAAGAAGAGGAUGACGGCCGAGGCGCACCGGCGCGUGGUGGUGGAGUACCUGCGGGCGGUCAUGCAGAAGCGCAUUUCCUUCCGGAGCCCGGAGGAGCGCAAGGAGGGUGCCGAGAAGAUGGUUCGGGAGGCAGAGCAGCUGCGCUUCCUGUUCCGGAAGCUGGCGUCCGGUUUCGGGGAAGACGUGGACGGAUACUGCGACACCAUCGUGGCUGUGGCCGAAGUGAUCAAGCUGACAGACCCUUCUCUGCUCUACCUGGAGGUCUCCACUCUGGUCAGCAAGUAUCCAGACAUCAGGGACGACCACAUCGGUGCGCUGCUGGCUGUGCGUGGGGACGCCAGCCGUGACAUGAAGCAGACCAUCAUGGAGACCCUGGAGCAGGGCCCAGCACAGGCCAGCCCCAGCUACGUGCCCCUCUUCAAGGACAUUGUGGUGCCCAGCCUGAACGUGGCCAAGCUGCUCAAGUAGCCUCCGCCGGCCUGCCCUGCUCGCCCCUCCACAGCCUCGGUCCCUGCCUUUAGAAACGCGGGACAGCCGAUUGCUCUCCUUGGCCACACGUGCUCCUUUCAGCUGCACGGCCUGUCCUUAGGUGCCAGUGUGAUGCACCGGGUGUGCGUCAAGUGAGCGUCCCGAGGCCACGUGCGGAGGCCCCUCAUUGUGCUGUCAAAGGCCUGUGGGUGCAGGGCUGUGCCGCACAGCCUCUCUCGGGUGCUUGUUUGUUGCAGUGGUUGAAAGUGUGUGGGGCACAGAGGACGUGCACCUCCAUGCCCUCCUCCUCCCUGGGCCUUCACCGCACCCCAUCUGCUUAAGUGCUCGGAACCCUGUCACCUAAUUAAAGUUUCUUGGCUUCCUCAGAGAAA